AUGGCUUCUUGUGCACCGCUGUCCACGCAGCAGCCGGCCCCGCUACCGCUACAACCACAGGAGCAACAGCAGUCCAUGCAGAACGUGCUGGACGCUAUUCGCCAGCAGGGCUGGGGCGGCGCCUCCUCCGGUGGGGGUGACGCGGUGCCUACAGACGUCUCGGCUCGCGGGAUGGGGGGGCAUUCGGGGGCGAAGCGCACAUGUCCCACGAAGCACGAGGGGCACUCGGCCAUCUCCUCGCAGCAGCCCAACAGUGACAGCGCCGAUAAGCGCUUCGGCGGCGCAGUCGAUGUGCCAUUCGCCGCCGUUGCCGCUACGAAGGAGGCGUCAGGGGCGGACAACAACCCCUGCAGCACUGCGCAGCCGUCUGCGGACUUGCAGCAGAUGCGCGAUACCAAGGGCGGGUGUGCUCCCGCUGACAGCGCCAAUGCCGCGGGCGCCGCAUUGCGCAACACCAACGGCGUGUGCGAGGCUAUUAUCAUCGCCGCGCGGUACGGGGGGAACAUUGAAUCCAGCGUGUCGGUGUCUGCGGCGGCCGCCACCGCUGCCUCGGCAAACCUCAUAGCGGAAGGGAAUGAUCGCAGCUCCUUGUCGGGUCCGUUUGGGUCCUACUCGACCACCGACGAAGUCCUCCUCCAAAGGCCGCACGACAUGCAGCAGGCCAGUGCGUUCGAUGGCGCGAACAGCCCCACGGAUGCCUCCGGCGGCGUGCUCGUCGUGCCCUCCGCCUACGCGGUGACCCCAGUGCGCGUGAGCGAGGCUCCCUCGCCGGUCAGUGCUGAGAUGCAGCAGCUCCUGGCCGAGGCCCGCCGCACCUACAAGGCGGCGGAGGAGCACCUGCUGAGCGACGGUCUCGCCUUGCGCGAGGAUUGGAUGAGAACACGCGAUUUGUUUUUCGCCGCUGGCUCACUUUUCGCCGCCGUCGGCGAGGCGGCGGACGCGGCACGCUGCCUGCUGCACGCCACCUUCAUCAACCGCGCCUUCCAGAACGACAGCGAGGCACUGGUGACACUGGCGAUGUCCGUGGAGCAGCUGAAGCAGUCGCACCCGCGUAUCGCGGUGGACUCGCUGCUGCGGCUCGCGCCGUGCUAUGCGCAGCAGGAUCUUCGCUACCAAGCGGCCCGCUGUCACCGCGAUGCUGCUGAGAUACUCGAGAACAUCCUGGAUGCAAAGGAGGAGGCUGUCGUGCAGCACCGCGCCGCGUUGAACAUGUACGCCGAGACGAAAGUGGCCGCCGCCGAGACGGCGCGACGCUGGGAACGUCAGCAACAGCUGCGACGCACCGCUACCAUCUGUGGGGAACUCCCCGGCACGUCACCGCUUCCCCACUCCGCUGGCGCCUCCAGGGCCAACGGGGGUCUGACCGGCCCAACGGCGCCCAAUGGCGGUGCGCCUCUUACUUCAUCCGUGGAUGGGCAGAAGUCCCACUCCGUUGAAUUCCCCGCGCACCCCCCGCCGCACUAUCGCGUCAGCACGACAGUGCAGCGCAGUCUGGCCGAUUCCUGCCGCUGGCGUCUCAUGGUUCUCCUCAUGCGCCUCGGCCGGUACGAGGAGGCGCGUGAGGCGGCGCUCGACUGUGCGGCGAAUGUGCCCCAUACACUGCCAAAGGCGAAAUAUCUGCUCUACGCUACGCUGUGCGUGCUGGUCCGAGGCGCGCCCGUGAAGAAGGACAGUGCGGCGAGCAGCGCCUCUGACCCAGCGGCCGCCGCGGAGGCAGCGGAGACGCCUUUUUCGACGUGUGCCGCCGACACGGUGUACUUCGACAGCCUCUACGACACCGAGAAGUACUUCCUUGGGCUGCAGGACGAGGACCGCACCUUCCAGCGCGGCAAGGAGAACGCGCUUGUGCGCGCCCUACUGGCGGCAAACCGGGCGUGCUCCCUGACGGCUUUCGACGCGGCCGUGCGCACCUACAAGGAGUACACGACAACGGAGCCGUGCGCUGCGUUCGACUUGUUGGCGGGGGAGUGCCGGCGCGGGCUGUUCGAGCACAUGGAGCGGUUUGCGUGA